ACUACAACUCCCAGAAUGCCGCAGGCGGGAGGCAGCGGGGAGCUCGAGCGUCGUUCGAGGUGCUCCUCCCCCAGUGGCAGAAACUCUCCAAAUGACGUUGCCCGCUCCGGUCGAGUCCUUCGCUCUUCCUCGCAUUGGCCGACGGGAUUAGUAGUUCUUCGGCAACGGAGUAGUUCGGCUCUCGCAUCCUCAGAAACUACACUUACCGUGGUGGAUUUGGCGCCUGCGCACCGGUUGCGGGGUGGGGUGGGGGUGGUGGUGGCAUACUACGGUUCCCGGCAGGCCUUGCGACGCAGGCGACUGCGUGCUGACGUCCUUGUUAGUCGUGCUGACGCGCAGCGCGGCCCAGGCGGGGUGCGAGUGGCGCAGUCGGAGCCCGCUGCGGCCCCUGAGGAAGCAAGGAGGCGUCGGUGUCGGCUGAGGCGGGUGGACGGCGAGCCGGCGGCUCCAGGCCCCAGGGACUCGGGAGUUCGAGCAGCGGCAGCGGCAGGACCUCUCCCCCUCGGAGGCGGCGGGCGGAGGCGGCGGCGGGUGAGAGGGAGCGGUGGUGCCCCCGGGCACGGGGCCAUGUACAACGGGAUCGGGCUGCCGACGCCCCGGGGCAGCGGCACCAACGGCUACGUCCAGCGCAACUUGUCCCUGGUGCGGGGCCGCCGGGGCGAGCGGCCUGACUACAAGGGAGAGGAGGAACUGCGGCGCCUGGAGGCUGCCCUGGUGAAGCGGCCUAACCCUGACAUCCUGGACCACGAGCGCAAGCGGCGCGUGGAGCUGAGAUGCCUCGAGCUGGAGGAGAUGAUGGAAGAGCAGGGGUACGAGGAACAGCAAAUUCAGGAAAAAGUGGCGACCUUCCGACUCAUGUUGCUGGAAAAGGAUGUGAACCCUGGGGGCAAGGAGGAGACCCCCGGGCAGAGGCCAGCGGUAACUGAGACUCACCAGUUGGCAGAACUGAAUGAGAAGAAGAAUGAGCGCCUGCGCGCAGCCUUUGGCAUCAGCGAUUCCUACGUGGACGGCAGCUCUUUUGAUCCUCAGCGCCGUGCUCGAGAAGCCAAGCAGCCAGCCGCUGAGCCUCCCAAACCUUACAGCCUUGUCCGGGAGUCCAGCAGUUCUCGAUCACCGACCCCAAAACAAAAGAAGAAGAAGAAGAAGAAAGAUAGAGGACGCCGGUCAGAGAGCAGUUCCCCUCGCCGAGAGAGGAAGAAGAGCUCCAAAAAGAAAAAGCACAGGUCAGAAUCGGAAUCCAAGAAACGAAAGCAUAGGUCUCCCACUCCAAAGAGCAAACGUAAAUCUAAGGACAAGAAGCGGAAGCGGUCUAGAAGUACAACACCAGCCCCCAAGAGUCGCCGGGCCCACCGGUCAACUUCUGCCGAUUCUGCUUCUUCUUCUGAUACUUCCCGCAGUCGGUCUCGAAGUGCUGCAGCUAAAACCCAUGCAACAGCCUUGACUGGGCGAAGUCCUUCCCCUCCCUCAGAGUGUCGUGGGGAGGGAGAUGCACCUGCCAAGGAACCAGGCACCAUCAACACAGGGCAGCCUAGCAGCCCAGAGCCCUCUACAAAGCGGCCUGGCAGCCCGUGUGAAGACAAAGACAAGAAGGAGAAACCUGCAACUCGACCUAGUCCUUCUCCGGAAAGGAGCAGCGCAGGCCCAGACCCACCUGCUCCCACUCCGCUCCUUGCUGAGCAACAUGGCGGCACCCCACAACCCAGUGCAACAACCCCUUUGAGUCAGGAGCCAGUGAAUCCCCCAACUGAGGCUUCCCCCUCCCGGGGCCGUUCACCACCUAAGUCUCCUGAGAAACCUCCCCAGUCAUCUUCGGAGAGCUGCCCACCAUCCCCUCAACCUACCAAAGUUUCUCGGCAUGCCAGCUCCUCCCCUGAAAGUCCUAAACCCACACCAGCUCCUGGGUCCCGCCGAGAGAUUUCUUCUUCUCCCGCAUCCAAGAGUCGCUCCCAUGGCCGAGCAAAGCGGGAUAAGUCACGUUCUCAUACUCCUCGUAGGGUGGGGCGGUCUCGUAGUCCUGGCACUACCAAGAGGGGGCGAUCCAGAUCUCGAAGCCCUCCCAAGAGAGGGCAUUCUCGGUCCCGGUCCCCUCAGUGGCGUAGGUCCCGGUCUGCACAAAGGUGGGGACGAUCAAGGACCCCCCAGCGGCGUGGCCGCUCUAGGUCUCCCCAGCGACCAGGCUGGUCCAGGAGCAGAAAUGCCCAGAGAAGAGGCAGGUCUAGGUCAGCAAGACGAGGCAGGUCACACUCUAGAUCCCCAGCUACAAGAGGCAGGUCUCGCUCUAGAACACCAGCCAGGCGGGGCCGGUCUCGCUCUAGAACGCCAGCCAGGCGCAGGUCGCGGUCCAGAACACCCGCUAGGCGUAGGUCUCGCUCUAGAACGCCAGCCAGAUCGCGCUCUAGGACCCCAGCCCGGAGAAGUGGCCGGUCGCGCUCUAGGACCCCAGCCAGGCGAGGAAGAUCACGUAGUAGAAGCUUAGUUAGACGUGGAAGAUCUCACUCUAGAACACCCCAAAGAAGAGGCAGGUCAUGCUCAUCACCAGACAGAAAGAACAAAUCCAGAGUGUCACAGAGAAGCAGGUCCAACUCAAGUCCAGAAAUGAAAAAAUCACGAGUUUCUUCACGGAGAAGUAGAUCUCUCUCUUCACCACGGUCUAAAGCAAAAUCUCGCAUGUCUUUGAGACGCAGCCUUUCAGGGUCCUCUCCAUGUCCUAAAAAAUCUCAAACACCCUCCAGGCACAGUCGCUCUGGGUCAUCCCAGCCUAAAGCUAAGUCUACAACACCACCCAGGCGAAGCCGCUCUGGGUCUUUGCCUCCUAGUCAGAAAUCUAAAACCCCACCGAGGCAGGAUGGUUCCAGCCCAUCUCCUCCACCUAAGCUGAAAUCUGGAACGCCGCCCAGGCAAGGGUCUGUAACAAGUCCCCAGGCGAACGAACCAUCUGAAACACCACAGAGACAGAGCCGGUCCGAAUCGUCUCCUGACCCUGAAGUGAAGUCUAGGGCCCCUUCAAGACAUAGCUGCCCCGGGUCCUCUCCUCCUAGAGUGAAAGCUAGCACACCUCCAGUCCGCAGCCGGUCUGGCUCAUCGUCUCCACAACCCAAGACAAAGACUGGAAUGUCUCCAGUCCGGAGCCGUUCUGGCUCCUCCUCUCCAAGCCCUAGCAGGAUCGCCGCUAAAACACCACCGAGGCCAAGCAGGUCUGAAUCUCCCUGCUGCGAGGUUGACUCUAGUUUGUCGCAGCAUCACAUCCGUUCUCGAUCCUCCUCACCAGAUGCCAAAGUGAAAUCCGAAACACCAUCAAGACAGAGUCACUCAGGGUCUACUUCGCCAUGCCCCAAAGUAAAGCCCCAGACUCCACCUGUGCAGGGUAUUUCUGCAUCAAAAUCGCCAUGUUCCCAGGAGAAAUCUAAAGAGUUGCCAGCACAAACUGGCUCUGGCUCCUCCUCCCUCUGUGCAGGAGUAAAACCUAGUAUGCCACCAGGAGAGGGCGCUCCUGCUUCUUCAUCUCUGCAACAGACAGGACAAGCUCAGACUUCACCAGACUCUGGAUCUGAUUCGUCAAGUCCAGAAAGAAGACAGAGCCAUUCCGAAUCUCCACUGCAAAAUAAAUCUCAGCUGUCGAAAGGUGGCCAGUCAAGGUCGUCCUCUCCCAUCGCUGAACUGGCACGCAGCUCUCCGAGAAGACAGGCUGGCAAUGAAUUGUCACCGAGUCCUAGGCUAAAAGCUGAAAUGUCUCCAGAGCAGAGCAGGUCUCAGUCUGACUCUUCUCUGUAUCCUGCAAUGGACUCCAAGUCUUUUGUAGGGCAAAGUAAAGCUGAGCCCUCUCCUGAAUCAAAAGAGAGAACAGUGAGCUUGCUCCCUCGGGAGGAUGUGUCAUCUCCUAGGCCAAGAGACAAGUUGAGUCCUCUGGUGCAGGAAACAUCUGAGUUCGCACCAGUACUCAAAGACACGCCUAGAACACCAUCAAGGGAAAGAGGAGGCGUUGGGUCAGCUCCAGAUACAAAAGACCAAAAUGUAUUAUCAGCUAAAACAAGCCAAGAGGAGGAAUUAAUGGAGUUGGUAGAGAAAUCCGAAGAGCUCUCAAGUCAGGUCCUGCCCCGUUUAUCCCCAGGGCAAAAAGAAAUGACUGGAAGUAACUUGGAGUCAUCUUCUGAAAUUGAAGAACAAUCUGCUGUGUCUUUGACUCUUGACCAAAGCCAGCCACAGGCUUCUUUGGAAGCAGAAGUCCCUGCAGUGGCCUCAACUUGGAGUGGACAACAUUUGUCUCCCGAUCGUAAAGAACUGUCUAAUUCCCCUGCCAGGGAGAAGAGCUGUGCAUCAUCUCUACAGUUUAGAAACUCUGGCCCUGUUGCAGAGAUGAACACUGGGUUUUUUUCUGAGGUUAAGGAUUCGAACGGGCCUCCUAAUCAGCUGGAGACAGACCCACCUCUAGGUGUGAAAGAACAAUCAACGAAGUCUUCUAGACGUAGCAGUUCUGAGUUGUCCCCAGAAGCGAUGGAAAAGGCGGGAAUGUCUUCAGCUCAGAGUGUCUCUUCUCCUGUGCUUGAUGCUGCACCCAGGACACCUUCAAGGGAGAGAGGCAGUCCCACAUCAUCUCCUGAGCUGAAAGAUGGUUUACCCAGAACCCCAUCAAGGAGAAGUAGGUCUGGGUCUUCCCCAGGACUUAGAGAUGGGUCUGGGACUCCUUCAAGGCACAGUUUAUCGGGGUCCUCUCCUGGCGUGAAAGAUGCACCUAGAACACCGUCCAGGGGGAGAAGUGAAUGUGAUUCUUCUCCAGAGCCAAAAACAUUGCCUCAGACUCCUAGGCCAAGGAGUCAGUCUCCAUUCUCCCCAGAGCUCAACAACAAGUGUCUCACGCCACAGAGAGAGAGAAGUGGCUCGGAGUCAUCCGUUGAACAGAAGACUGUGGCUAGGACUUCUCUUGGGCAGAGAAGUCAGUCUGAAUCGUCUCAAGAACUUGAUGGGAAGCCCAGUGCAUCCCCUCAGGGAGGAAGUGAAUCGGACUCUUCUCCAGAUGCUAAGGCUAAGACACGCAUGCCACUUAGACAGAGAAGUCGCUCAGGAUCCUCUCCAGAGGUUGAUGACAAAUCUCGACCUUCUCCUCGAUGUAGCCCAUCUGGCUCAUCACCUGAAGCUAAAGAUAAGCCGAGAGUGGCACCCAGGGCUCCGAGUGGCUCCGAGUCCUCCCCUGAACUUCAGGUUCCUGUUCCUCGAGCCCUUCCUAGGCGAAGCAGAUCAGGUUCAUCAAGCAAAGGUAGAGGCCCUUCACCUGAAGGAAGCAGCAGUUCUGAGUCGUCUCCAGAACACCCACCCAAAUCCAGAGCUGCUAGGAGAAGUUCUAGAUUGUCUCCAGAGCCAAAAGCCAAGUCUCGGACUCCACCUCGCCGGCGCAGCUCUCGUUCAUCUCCUGAGCUGACUCGCAAGGCCAGACUGUCGCGUCGGAGCCGCUCUGUGUCUUCAUCACCGGAGACCCGCUCUCGAACUCCCCCGAGACGCCGAAGAAGUCCUUCAGUGUCUUCCCCAGAGCCAGCUGAAAAAUCGCGAUCCUCACGCCGACGCCGUUCAGCUUCAUCUCCACGCACUAAGACGACUUCACGGAGAGGCCGUUCUCCUUCGCUGAAGCCUCGUGGACUCCAGAGGUCCCGUUCUCGCUCCAGGAGGGAGAAAACCAGAACAACUCGACGUAGAGACAGGUCUGGAUCGUCUCAGUCAACCUCUCGGAGGAGACAGCGUAGCCGGUCAAGGUCUCGAGUUACUCGUCGACGGAGAGGAGGUUCUGGUUAUCACUCAAGAUCUCCUGCUCGGCAGGAGAGUUCCCGAACCUCCUCUCGACGCCGAAGAGGCCGCUCGCGGACACCCCUAACCAGUAGGAAGCGAUCCCGUUCGCGCACAUCACCGGCUCCAUGGAAACGCUCCAGGUCGAGGGCCUCUCCAGCCACUCACCGGCGGUCCAGAUCCAGAACGCCUCUGGUCAGCCGGCGUCGGUCCAGGUCUCGAACCUCACCAGUCAGUAGAAGACGCUCAAGAUCUAGGACAUCGGUGACUCGACGACGGUCUCGAUCCAGGGCAUCACCAGUGAGUCGCAGGCGCUCGAGGUCCAGAACCCCGCCAGUGACCCGCCGUCGUUCGAGGUCCAGAACCCCCACUCGCCGGCGCUCUCGUUCCAGAAGUCCACCAGUGACUCGCAGAAGGUCCAGAUCCAGGACGCCACUGGUGACGCGUAGGCGAUCUCGGAGCAGAACCUCGCCUGUCACUCGGAGGAGAUCACGAUCCAGAACAUCCCCAGUCACUCGAAGGAGGUCUCGCUCUCGCACCUCCCCAGUGACCCGCCGCCGAUCGAGGUCUCGAACACCUCCAGCUAUUAGGCGCAGGUCUAGGUCCCGAACCCCGCUGUUAACACGCAAGCGGUCUCGAAGUCGCUCGCCCCUUGCCAUCCGCCGCCGUUCCAGGUCCCGUACGCCGCGGGCGACUCGAGGCAAAAGGUCUUUGACGAGGUCUCCUCCGGCCAUCCGAAGGCGCUCUGCAUCCGGCAGUAGUUCUGACCGGUCACGUUCCGCGACUCCCCCGGCAACUCGGAAUCAUUCCGGCUCUCGCACGCCUCCGGUAGCGCUCGGGAGCUCAAGGAUGAGCUGUUUCAGUCGGCCCAGCAUGUCGCCGACGCCUCUGGACCGCUGCAGGUCGCCCGGAAUGCUUGAACCGCUCGGCAGCUCCAGAACACCCAUGUCUGUCCUCCAGCAAGCCGGUGGCCCAAUGAUGGAUGGCCCGGGGCCCCGAAUUCCUGACCAUCCGAGAACAUCGGUGCCAGAGAACCACGCUCAGUCCAGAAUCGCUCUCGCCCUGACAGCUAUCAGUCUCGGCACUGCUCGGCCGCCCCCGGCCAUGUCUGCUGCUAGCCUCGCUGCAAGGAUGUCCCAGGUCCCAGCGCCAGUGCCUCUCAUGAGUCUCAGAACAGCCCCUGCCGCCAGCCUCGCCAGCAGGAUUCCCGCGGCCUCCGCGGCAGCCAUGAGUCUCGGCAGCGCCCGGGCGCCGGCCAUCCCGGCGGCAGUGAACCUGGCUGACUCGAGAGCGCCAGCCGCGGCGGCGGCCAUGAACUUGGCCAGCCCCAGAACUGCAGUGGCACCUUCGGCUGUGAACCUUGCUGACCCUCGAACCCCUCCAGCUCCAGCUGUGAACCUCGCAGGAGCCAGAACCCCGGCUGCUUUGGCGGCGUUGAAUCUCUCGGGCUCUGGGACACCCCCAAGUGCUGCAAACUACCCCUCCAGUUCUAGAACACCCCAAGCUCCAGCCCCCGCAAACCUGGUAGGUCCCAGGUCUGCUCACGCUGCAGCGCCUGUGAAUAUCGCCAGCUCAAGAAAUCCUCCAGCCUUGGCUCCUGCAAGCCUCACCAGCGCUAGGAUGGCUCCAGCCUUGUCCGGAGCGAACCUCACCAGCCCGAGGGUGCCCCUUCCCGCUUACGAGCGUGUCAGUGGCAGAACCUCACCACCACUCCUAGACCGGGCUAGGUCCAGAACCCCGCCAUCUGCCCCAGGCCAGUCUAGAAUGACCUCCGAGCGAGCCCCCUCACCUGCUUCUAAAAUGGUUCAGGGGCCCUCCCAGUCUGUGCUCCCUGCAGCGCAGGAUCGGCCCAGGUCCCCUGUGCCAUCGGCCUUUGCUGACCAGUCCCGAUCUUUGCUUGGCCAGACCACCCCUGUGGCAGGGUCCCAGCCCCUCUCCUCCGGGAUGGUGGCAAAGUCCGCAUCCUCCGGUGGGGACCACAAUGGCAUGCUCUCCGGCCCGGGUCCUGAGGGCGGGGAGCCACCUGCCUCCGCGGGGGCCCAGCAGCCUUCCGCACUGGCCGCCCUGCAGCCAGGAAAGGAGCGGCGGAGUUCUUCCUCGUCGUCGUCCUCCAGCUCCUCCUCCUCCUCUUCGUCGUCAUCCUCGUCGUCGUCGUCGUCCUCUGGCUCCAGUUCCAGCGACUCAGAAGGCUCUAGCCUUCCUGCCCAGCCUGAGGUAGCAGCGAAGAGGGUCCCCAGCCCCGCACCAGCCCCUAAGGAGGCAGUGCGAGAGGGCCGUCCUCAGGAGCCGGCCCCAGCCAAGCGGAAGAGGCGUUCCAGCAGCUCCAGCUCCAGCUCCAGCUCCAGCUCUUCCUCCUCCUCCUCCUCCUCUUCCUCCUCCUCCUCCUCCUCCUCUUCCUCUUCCUCCUCCUCCUCUUCCUCCUCUUCUACUUCCUCUUCCCCUUCCCCUGCUAAGCCUGGUCCUCAGGCCUUGCCCAAGCCUGCAAGCCCCAAGAAGCCACCCACUGGCGAGCGGAGGUCCCGCAGCCCGCGGAAGCCUAUAGACUCCCUCCGGGACUCCCGGUCCCUCAGCUACUCACCUGCAGAGCGCCGCCAGCCCUCGCCCCAGCCCUCGCCCCGGGACCAGCAGCAGAGCAGCAGUGAGCGGGCGUCCCGAAGAGGCCAGCGAGCGGACAGCCGCUCCCCAGGCCACAAGCGGAGGAAGGAGACCCCCAGCCCCCGGCCAGCGAGACACCGCUCCUCCAGGUCUCCUUGAUUGGGGCAGCUUCCACCACACCCAGGUUCUGGAGCCACGGGAGUGCCCCCUUUCUCUCCUACAGCUGUGGGGAGGGGCUCCUCGUUGCCCCGUUUUGAGUCUGGGAGCAUCUUGGAGGGAGGCUUCUCUCCCUCCCCUUUUUUUUCUUUGUUCCUGUGAAAUGUUAAUCUCUGUGAGUUUUUCCUGGUUCAUGUUUUGGGGGGUCUGGGGGAGGGUGGGAAUGAGAAUGGGAGUUGUGGGAGGGAGGAUAGUUUGGGAUGCCCUGGUCUUGAAUUGGGCAGGAAGGGCCUGGGCAUGGCACCCCUUUUAUCCCCAAGUUCCUGGGAGGGGUGAUGGUUGGAAAGAGGGAGCUUGUGGGAGGGGCUCCUGGAAGGAAGGGGCAGGAGUUGGAAACUAGUUGGGCCCCACUGCCCGGCAGAGAGGUUGUGGCCCCCUCCCCCCAACUUUUCUUCAACUUUCUUAAAGGCAUUUUGGUUUUUUAAAAUCUGUACAGCAAAGCGACUUUUUCUGUCAAAUAAAAAUGAGAAAUGCAGGC